CCCGUCGUUCCCAAAAGUAGUAUCACAUUCGGAAACAUAUAUGUUGCCCGCAACGCCAGCCUUCACAUAUACUCUGGAGCACUGUCGGCAGCUGUUAGAGGUGGUCACACGGAGACCGCCUAGUUUCUCUUAAGUGCGAGCGUCGACAUCACUGGCAUGUAUUCAGGCAGUAUUGAUGUUCAUGGCUCAAUCGACGCUUCCGAAAAUGCCACAGUCACGAUCGACUUUGCUACCUUCCACCAAGGUGGUGACAUUCAUGUGCGAAAGAACUCCAUGUUUAUGGCCCACCGUGGAGCACUUUCAGUAGCGGUUGCGAAACUUAAUCCCAACGACCACCCCCCAGAUGAAAUCACCAUUGAGGGCAGCACUGACGUCUCCGGUAAUCCCUUAAUCACGAUCGAUUAUGCUACCUUCCACCAACGUGGUGACAUUGUUGUGACCAACAAGUCUACAUUCAAAGCCCACCGUGGAGUACUUUCAAUUGCGGUUGAAAAUGGUGAUAGCGAGGUGGUCAAGUUGCUAUUGGAGGCUGGAGCCAACCCUAACGACCACCCCCCAGGCGAAAUCACCACCGAGGGCAGCACUCACCUCUCCGACAUUUCAUUGAUCCAAAUCGACUAUGCUGCCUUUCACCAACGUGGUGACUUUCAUGUGGGCGACAACUCCAUGUUUGAUUCCUAUCGUGGUGUACUUUCAGCAGCGGUUGGGAAAAGUAAUAGCGAGGUGGUCAAGUUGCUAUUGGAGGCUGGGGCCAACCCCAACGAUCAUCGGGCCCCGGGCGAAAUGAUCACCGAAGGCAGCACUCACGUCUCCGACAAUUCCAGAAUUCAGAUCGACUAUGCUACGCUCCGCCUGCAUACUAAUGAAAUCCAUGUAGAUAACGGCUCCACAUUCAAUGCCUACCUUUCAGUGUUUUCGUUAGCGGCUAGAAGAAGUGAGGGCAAAAUAUUCCGAUUGUUAUUGAAUGCUACGUCCGGAGACGUGCCCGCCAGAAUUAUCACAUUCCUCGGCAACGGUAACCAAAACAUCAGCGAUGUAACCUACAACUCUGCGAAUGCAACCCAGGCAGCUAGAUCGAAUAGCCCCGACGAAAUGGAGGAGGAGCCGGGGGAGGAGCAGGAGGAGGAGGAGGAGGAGGAGGAGGAGGAGGAAGAAGAAGAAGAAGAGGAGGAAGAGGAGGAGGAGGAAGAGGAAGAGGAAGAGGAGGAGAAGGAGGAGGAGAAGAAGAUCCAAGAUGAAACGGAUAGGAAGGAUCAGGAGACGGAUGUAGCAAUGCUAGCGGCAGAAGAGGCGGGGAAGCCUAAGGAGGUAAACGAGGAGGUAAACGAGGAGGUACACAAGGCAGGACUGGAUGUGGCAGACGAGAUGAAAAAGGAGACGAAUGAGGCGGCGGAGGCGGUGGAGGCGGUGGGCAAGGCAGGCAAGGAAGCGUUGGCAAUGGCUGCGGAAACGACAGAGGAGGCGAGAGAAGCGGCGACAACGGUGCCACCGGCGGUGCCAACAGCCGCAGAGAAAGUGAAGCCGAGGCUUAUUGGCGGUGAUGGAAGUCUACAAGAGGGCAGACGAAGCAAAUCAAGCGAUGGAGCAGCUGACACCGGUAGCUGCGGUGGCGGCGGUAGUCAUGGGAAUGGUACGGGGAGUACAACCGCUGAUGCGGCUGCAGCGGAGAAGUUUUGA